ACCAAAAAGUAAAAUUAAUAUAAUUGAAAAUACAAAGAGUGAGAUAAAAAAAAGUCGAUGAGACCGAGGUAGCUAGUACAAUAUAAAUUACUCUAUAUACAAAUUAGACAUGAAUCAACUUCAAGCUACGUGUUCCUUAACCAACCAAGAUUAAUUAAACAGAUCUAUAGAUCUAUCUAUCCUUUCAUAUUAAGACUUAACUAUAACCCACCUACACAAUGGCAAAAUUAAGUGAUCAUGAAAGCUCUCUUGUGCCAAAAUACUUGCAAGAAGAUGACUUAAGCCAAGAAUGCAAGGAGUUGAUACCCACUUUACCAUUAGAAAAAGGUUGGAUUAGUACCAACUUCCACCAAUAUCAAGGAUUUUGGAUUUCCACAAUGUUUCUCCAAGCAACUUUAUCAUGUCAAAAGCACUUCCAAGCCCUUGAUACAGAUAUACUCUUAGUUACCACUCCCAAAUCAGGUACCACUUGGCUUAAAGCAUUGACUUUUGCUUUGCUAAACCGCAACAAAUAUCCAAAUAUUCAUAACAACCAUCCUUUGCUCACUACCAAUCCUCAUGUUCUUGUUCCCUUCUUGGAGGUUGACAUUUACUAUGACAAAGAUUUUGUUCCUGAUCUCAAAACAUUAUCCCUUCCAAGACUCUUCUCCACACACAUUCCUUAUGUUUUGUUGCCAAAUUCUAUCAAAGAGUCAAGUUGUAAGGUGGUGUAUCUUUGUAGAGAUCCUAAAGACACAUUUGCUUCACUUUGGCAUUUCUCAAACAAGGUAAGACCACAAUGUAGCGAACCACUUCCAUUAGAAGAGUCGUUUGAGAAAUUUUGUAGAGGGGUGUGUUUGUUUGGACCCUUUUGGGAGCAUGUAUUAGAAUAUUGGAAGGAAAGCUUGGAAAAGCCAGGGAAGGUAAUGUUUUUGAAAUAUGAAGAAAUGAAAGUGAAGCCUAAUUUUUAUUUGAAAAAACUUGCUGAGUUUUUGGGAUAUCCAUUCUCCAAAGAAGAAGAAUCUGAGGGUGUGGUUGAUGCUAUAGUAAAUUUGAGUAGUUUUGAGAAGCUGAGUAACUUGGAGGUUAAUAAGACUGGAAAAGUGGGGUUCGGUGUUGAAAACAAAGAUUAUUUUCGUCGUGGCCAAGUUGGAGAUUGGAAAAAUCUUCUCACGGUAGAAAUGGUUGAGCAACUAAACACUAUCGUUGAAGAGAAAUUAGGUAAACAUGGAUUGAAUUUUUAGAUUUUUGAGGUGUUUGUUUCAAAUCUAGGAAUCAGUCUAUGUGGUGUCAUAUCAAUGAUAAAAGAAUGACUUUGUAACCUCAAUAGACGGAUUACAAAUCUCGUUCAACUUAUAAAAUGGUUAUUAGUGUCACCAUUUGGGUGCUAAGUGAGUCUCGUAUGUACAAAUCGCUCAUUCAUAAAUGAUAACCUUACUAUUUAGGUACUCAAUUCCUCGAGUCUUAUAACAAAGAUGGGAAUGAUUUGAUGUAGGCAAUCAACUAUAAGAUCUAAUGAGUCGGCAAGAAUGAAAUUCUUCUAGCAUGUAUUUGAAACUGCUUUUGCAAACCAAAUUUCACCAUGAAAAUGCAAAAGCUACAGAGAACCAAACUUCUGCAUCACUGUGGUUUUCCCAAUGUACCGCGGAAGCAAACAUACACCUAAUGGUUAUCAUUCAUGAUCCACUUGUAAAAGCGGUCCCCAUUCUAGAUAUGGCUAAUUCAUGGUUUUUCCGGUUAAAACCAUCUACAUGUUAAAAGAAGGCGUGGACACCUACAUCAUCGUCUGAAUAAAAAAACAAAAUAUUCAUAUUGUAGCAUAAUUCGAUUUUUAUGUCAAAGUUUCUUGAAUCUCAAAG